CAAGAGCCGCGCUUCCUCGCUCGCGUCUGUGCGGUAGAGAGGGUUCUGCUGUUCCGUGAGCUCUCCUCCGCGUGUGUGACAGUGCUGUGUGAGUGUGUGUGUGAGAGAGAGAGAGUGUGUGUGAGAGAGAGAGAGUGUGUGUGAGCUGCAGUCAUGGCUGUGGACGGAACGGAGCAGCGCGCGCUGCAGUAUGAGCAAACUUUGAUGUAUGGGCGUUACACUCAGGAGCUGGGUGUUUAUGCUAAAGAAGAGGCUGCUCGGAUUCGAGAGGAUGGUCGUCACCGGCGCUCUGUUUCUGAACGCAGUCCUCCGCUCAAACUCCUGGAGUACGAGAAGGGACGAUGUGUCCGGUGUCGAAUCUGUGCAGUGCACUGUCAGCGGUUCCUCAUGUCGCGGGUCGGCGAGGACUGGAUCUUCCUCAUCUUGCUGGGACUCGUCAUGGCUCUGGUCAGCUUUGUUAUGGAUUUCUGCAUCGCUCUUCUCCUACAAGCCCAGGAUUGUGCUGGUGUGUAUAAUGAGUCCAGAAACAUCGAGAUGCUUGCGGCGGCUUGUGCUGUCGGGGUCGGAUGCUGCUUUGCUGCUCCUAUUGGAGGUGUGUUAUUCAGCAUUGAAGUCACCUCCACGUUUUUCGCCGUACGAAACUACUGGCGCGGAUUCUUUGCUGCUACGUUUAGUGCCUUUAUCUUCAGAGUGCUGGCCGUGUGGAACAGAGAUGAAGAGACGAUCACGGCUCUCUUUAAAACGCGGUUCAGACUGGACUUCCCCUUUGACCUCCAAGAGCUUCCAGCGUUUGCUGUGAUCGGAAUCGCCAGCGGGUUUGGUGGCGCAUUAUUUGUGUAUUUGAACAGGCUUAUUGUGCAGUUUAUGCGAAAACAGAAAACUAUAAACAAGUUCCUCAUGAAGAAGCGUCUGUUGUAUCCCGCGCUCGUCACUCUACUGAUUUCUACACUCUCUUUCCCUCCGGGCUUUGGGCAGUUUAUGGCCGGACAGCUUACACAGAAGGAGACCCUGGUUUCAUUUUUUGACAAUCGCACUUGGACGAAGCAAGGAAUGACGGAAGACUUUAAUUAUGACAGUCACUCGGCCGCCUGGAAACAUCCGCAGGCUAACGUCUUCGUGAUCCUCGUCAUCUUCAUCGUUAUGAAGUUCUGGAUGUCUGCUUUAGCCACAACUCUUCCCGUACCAUGUGGAGCCUUUAUGCCUGUUUUCGUCAUUGGUGCUGCAUUUGGCCGUUUGGUGGGUGAAAGUAUGGCCGCAUGGUUUCCAGAGGGCAUUAAUACAGAUGGAACCAUCUAUCCCAUAGUUCCCGGAGGAUACGCUGUUGUGGGUCCUCAUGAUUCUGGCAUUGGCUUGAAGAAUCUGUUAUGUGCUCGACCUCAGACUGAUGCAAUGGAGAAUAAUAACGUGGAGCACACAGUGGCUCCUGACUUCAGGCCCAAACGCGUCAGGAUUUCGGUCUUGGAGGAUCCAGACGCAGACGAUGACAUGACUCUUGGCGAGAUUGAGGAGUGGGAGGAGCAACAGAUGGACGAGCAGGUGAACUUCAACAGCUGCAAGAUUGACCCCGCCCCCUUCCAGCUGGUGGAGCGCACUUCACUGCACAAGACUCACACCAUCUUCUCUCUGCUGGGUUUGGAUCACGCUUACGUCACCAGCAUCGGGAGACUUAUAGGAGUAGUUUCACUGAGAGAGCUGCGUAAAGCCAUCGAGGGCUCGAUGACGGUGAAGGGCGUGAAGGUUCGUCCGCCGCUGGCGAGUUUCAGAGACAGUGGCACCAGCGGCACCAGCAGCGAAAGCGAAGCCACUGAACUCCACAAACUGUGGGAUCGUCACACCAGCCUCAGCAUUCCCCGAGAACACCAGCCCAACGCCUCCGACUCGGACGAUAAGUCGCAGUGACCCGCGGCCGACGCUCACAUCCAAAACCCCUCCGGUCUUCCCACACUUAUCCUCUUUCCCUUCUGGAGAAUCAGGGACUAUCUGGACUCUGUCGAGGCUCCUCCAGUGUGCGUAUGUGUGCGUUUAUAUGUGUGUCUGUUGCAGAAAGAGACAGAUCAUUUCAUCUUUGACGUUACCUACCAUUCCCUUUUUCACUUUUUAAGAAAUGUUAUGCACAAGCUCUGUUUGAACGCUUCAUCUGGUGUCUCGUGGUUUUUACAUUGGGGAAUUUAUAUCUCACUGUUUUUUUUCUUGCAGUUCUUUUUUUCUCGCACUUAUGAGUUUGUCUUUUUUCUUGCUAUUCUGAACAAUUCUCGCAAUAAUGCAUUUUUUCUCGUGAUGGACUUUUUCUAGCUCUUUUGACUUUUCUCGCUAGUCUUUAUCUCAUAAUUAUCUUUUUUUUUUCU